AUGCUUGCUUGGAUUCUGACAAUUCUGGUCACAAUUAUUUUAAUGAGAGCGUUGUCCAACCAAUGGCGAAUUUUAUAUUAUUCUUUUAAAAUCCCUGGACCACUGGCUAUCCCUCUAGUAGGGAGUUUUUUCCUCAUCACCAUGCCAAAAAAAGGUAUAAUAAACGUUUUAAAAGAAAAAUGUAAGUGGUAUUAUCCCCUGUGUAAGAUCUGGGCAGGUCCGGAAUUGUACGUUUUCACAAAUAGGCCGCAGGAUGUGGAAACCGUGUUGACCACAUUUUUAGAAAAGUCCAGUGUUUAUAGGCUUUUCGACGAUGUUGCAAAAGAUACUCUUUUGACAGAGAAUGCCUUUUUGUGGAAAGUCAACAGGAAAUCACUAGAUCCCUCCUUCAAUAUACAACUUUUAAAUUCAUUCCAUGACUCACAUGUCGAAUACAGCAAACGUCUUGUAAAUAUUUUGGAAAAUACUACUGGGACCGAACAGACGGAUUUGAUAACAGAAGUGUGGAAGAUAAUUCUGGACAAUCUUAUAGAAACCAUGACAUGCACCCAACCAUCUUUGCUCCCAAAAAGAUACGAUUUUAUCAAAGCAGCGGUAGAACCUGGCGACGUAUUUGUCCAAAAAGCGUUCAAAUUCUGGCUCCUUAUCGAUUUUUUUUGGAAACGUUCGAAUUUGUUUCAAAAAAACGCUUUUUAUUGCGAACAGGAACGUGUAUUACCCGGUGACGUUUUGAAUCUGGUGGAACGUGCAUAUGAAUCUAAAAAUUUUGAAAAUAACCCGAUGAGGGAAAAAUGUUUUCUACCCCACUUGGUUAAACUAAGCCGGGAGACGAAUGCAAUUUCGAGGAAUAAAAUUGUCUCUGAAAUUGUCAUUAUGUUCAGUGCUGGCUCUGAAACCUCAGCUGUGACGCUUACUUCAGCUCUAAUGUUCUUAGGAAUGAAUCCUGAUAUUCAGGACAAGGUUUACGAAGAAAUCAUUUCAGUUCUUGGAGUUACAGAAGCGGAUCCAACUCUAGCAGACCUUAAUCGUUUGGACCUCGUAGAGCGGGUCCUUAAAGAAACAAUGAGACUAAUUCCAGUUGUUCCGAUAAUCAGUAGAAAAAUCGACUGGGAUAUCAAAUCAGAUUCGUAUGUCUACCCAGCUGGUUCUAACGUUGUCAUUCCAAUUAUAUCCCUACAUAACGAUUUUCGCGUCUGGCCAGAACCAGAAAAGUUCGAUCCAGACAGAUUUUUACCCGAAGAAGUCGAGAAAAGACACCGCUGUUCUUACAUUCCUUUCAGCUAUGGUGCCAGAAAUUGCAUUGGUUGGAAGUACGGCAUGAUGUCAAUGAAAGUCUAUCUGACCAUGCUCAUUCAAAAGUUUCACGUUAAAACUUUAGAACCGAAACCAAUGGACGAAAUACAAUUGGAGUACAUGGUGGUGUCGAGACCCAAGAACGUACGUUUAGUAUUCGAGAAAAGAAAGUAAUUAGUGUCAGUGUAAUUUGUAAUUAGAAAUGGAAAAUAUA